AUGUCGCGCAAUCCGGCUGCGGGUCUCGAAAACACACUAUUUCAGCUAAAGUUCACGUCAAAACAGCUCAACAAACAGGCGCAGAAGGCCGCUAAGGAGGAAAAACAGGAGGCCAGUAAAUUGAAGAAAGCUCUCAACGAAAGCGAGGAGAUAGCCCGUUUGUAUGCUUCCAAUUCCGUUCGCAAACGUAACGAGCGGCUCCAGCUGUUAAAACUGGCCUCAAGAGUCGAUUCUGUGGCCUCCAGAGUGCAAACUGCCGUGACGAUGCGCCAAGUUUCGGGGAGCAUGGCGCAGGUGUGCCGUGGAAUGGACAAAGCACUUCAAAGCAUGAAUUUGCAACAGAUAACGAUGAUCAUGGAUAAAUUCGAACAGCAGUUCGAGGACCUAGACACCAGCGUCAACGUUUACGAGGACAUGGGUGCGAAUUCCGAUGCCGUGGUGGUAGAUAAUGACCGAGUGGAUGAGCUCAUGAAUAGAGUGGCUGAUGAAAACGGACUGGAGUUGAAGCAGUCUGCAGCGCUGCAGGAUGUGACGGAAGUACCAGCCAAAGCGGACACGGUAUCCGACGAGAAAGAGCAGAAACUGGCACAACGGUUGAAAGCCCUACGUGGAUAG